UGCCUGUUUCUCGACUUCUCCGUUCCCUCUCUCGGAUGACUGAUACAAUCUAGUGCAAAUCCGUCAUCGAUCCAGUUAGCGAAGAUGAGGAAACGGGAUUUGGCAAUCUUAAUGCUCUCUGCCUUUGCAAUUUUCUUCACUCUUCUGCACGAGGGUGAUUUUUCUUUCAAGGAAGCAUGGUUCCAUUUGUACGAUGAGUAUCCGGUCAAACACGAAGCUGAUCGUCUCCCCCCACCUAUUGUAGCUGAUCUUAAUGGUGAUGGAAAGAAAGAGGUUCUCGUUGCAACAAAUGACGCCAAAAUUCAGGUCCUGGAGCCUCAUUCAAGGCGUGUGGAUGAAGGGUUUAGUGAAGCUCGCGUUCUUGCAGAGGUCAGCCUUUUACCAGACAAAAUCCGUGUCGCUUCAGGUAGGCGUGCAGUGGCCAUGGCCACGGGUGUUAUUGAUCGAUACUAUAAACAAGGACAACCCCAGAAGCAGGUUUUGGUCGUUGUUACCUCAGGUUGGUAUGUGAUCUGUUUUGAUCACAACCUCAAGAAACUGUGGGAAGAAAAUCUGCAGGAAGAUUUUCCACAUAAUGCGCACCACCGGGAGGUUGCAAUUUCAAUAAGCAAUUAUACUUUGAAACAUGGUGAUACUGGUUUGGUUAUAGUUGGUGGAAGGAUGGAAAUGCAGCCAUUUAAUCACAUGGACCCAUUUGAGGAGCUUGGCAUGGCAGCGCGAAAUGCUGAGCAACACAGAAGGAGUGCAACUGAGAAUCAGGCCUCCGAAGACUCUGGAGCUGUGAAUCUGCGUCAUUUUGCUGUUUAUGCGUUCGCUGGACGGACUGGCGUGCUUCGUUGGAGGAAAAAGACCGAUGAUAUUGCAGCUCAGACUUCAGAUGCAUCACAUUUAGUUCCUCAACAUAACUACAAGCUUGACGUGCACGCUAUAAAUAGCCGUCAGCCUGGAGAGUUUGAAUGCAGGGAAUUCAGGGAAUCGAUACUCGGUGUUGUGCCCCAUCAUUGGGACCGGCGUGAAGAUACAUUGUUGAAGCUUGCUCAUUUCAGACGACACAAGAGGAAAACAUUGAAGAGAUUAUCUGGUAAGUCUACAGCUUAUCCGUUUCACAAGCCUGAGGAACACACACCCCCUGGGAAGGACUCAUCGAAAAAGAUUCCAAAAAUGAUUGGGAAAGCCGCACACUAUGCUGGUUCAGCAAAAUCCAAGAAGGCUAUCCAGUACAUUCCAACUAUAACAAAUUACACCCAGCUUUGGUGGGUCCCUAAUGUUGUUGUGUCUCAUCAGAAAGAAGGAAUAGAAGCUAUUCAUUUGGCAUCUGGUCGAACUCUCUGCAAGCUUCAUCUGCUUGAAGGUGGUCUUCAUGCAGACAUUAAUGGAGACGGCGUGCUGGACCACGUACAGGCUGUAGGUGGUAAUGUUGGAGAGAGAACCGUAGUGAGCGGAUCAAUGGAAGUGUUGAAACCAUGCUGGGCAGUGGCGACCUCAGGUGUGCCUGUCCGUGAACAGCUAUUCAAUGUCUCAAUUUGCCAUCACUCCCCUUUCAACUUGUUCCAGUACGGAGAGUUCUCACGGCACUUUGUUCACACAAAGGACGUCUCUUCUCUGGAGGUUGCAACUCCCAUUCUCAUCCCCAGAGACGAUGGUCACAGGCACCGCCAGGGAAGUCACGGUGAUGUGAUCUUUUUGACAAAUCGUGGCGAGGUAACAUCGUACAAGCCUGGAUUGCACGGCCACGAUGCGUUGUGGCAGUGGGAGCUCCUGACAGAAGCAACGUGGUCCAAUCUGCCUUCCCCUUCAGGAAUGAUGAUGGAGUCUGGCAGUGUGGUUCCCACCCUGAAGUCGUUCUCUCUGCGUCUGCACGAUAAUCAGCCGAUGAUACUUGCUGGCGGAGAUCAGGCUGCGGUCGUUAUAUCCCCUGGCGGAAGCAUUAAGACGUCGAUAGAGCUGCCGUCUCAGCCCACGCAUGCCCUCGUCACUGACGACUUCUCCAACGAUGGUCUGACUGAUAUUAUCGUCAUGACUUCCAACGGAGUUUAUGGGUUCGUUCAGACAAGACAGCCAGGUGCUUUGUUCUUCAGUACGUUGGUCGGCUGUCUCUUAGUUGUCAUGGGUGUGAUUUUCGUCACCCAACACUUGAACUCCAUGAAAGCCAAGCCUCGAGCUUCUUCCUCUUCCGGCUUUCUGUAACAAAAAACAUUGGUUUAACCAAAACCGAAUAGCUUUCUAUUUUAUAUGCCUAUGCUUUUUUUGCCUUUUUUAAAAAAACAAUUUCCUUGUAACCAAAGUUUAUAAUUUACCAGCUUUGUUUGAGUGCCUGA